AUGUCAGAUCUACCACCAUGGUCAGCGGCGGCGCUCAUAGGAGUACCACUACUUGUUCUUGUGAUUUCCCUUUUCGUGAGGGAAGGAAAACGACUUCCUCCUGGAGCAAGACCGCUGCCGCUUAUCGGAAACGUUCUCGACAUGCCGCGCGGCCACCUUGGCCGCGGCUUGGCCGAUCUUUCUGCCAAACACGUGGCUGACAAGCAAACAGGCGACAUCAUGUACAUGAACAUUCUCGGGAAGCACACUGUCGUCCUCAAGUCUUACGAAUCCGCGCGCGAGCUCCUUCACAAACGAUCGUCGAUAUACUCAGACCGACCAAGGUCGAUCAUGGGCGAGCUGGCCGGAAUGAACCGACUUCUCGCGAUGCGGGCCUACGGAACAGAAUGGAGGGAUCAGCGCCAAGCGUUCCACCAAACGAUGAACAUUGACGUCGCUGCCCGUUACCACCCCAUUGGAACUGCGGCGAUGCGCAAGUUUCUCUUCUCUAUUCUUGAAGGAGCCGGUGACGUUGUGACGAAAAUGAAACUGUGCGGUGCAUUGUUAAUGGUUAGAUAUCUAGCUGCGUUCGACGCCGGGGUCCUGAAGAUCUUCUACGGCCUUGAAGUCACCGACUCAGACGACCAGUUUCACGCGAUGAUCGAACGCGCGGUGCACGUGGGAGAAGCUACGCUCACUCCCGGACGGUUCUCAGUCGAGGUCCUGCCCAUCUUGCUGUACCUGCCCUCGUGGUUCCCAGGUGGUGGAUUCAAACGAUUCGCCGCCGAUUCAAAGAAGGAGGUGGCACACAUAGUUGAUACGCUGUAUGAUGCAGCGAAGGAGAGAAAGGACACGGACACUGGCCGAGAAUCUAUCAUUGGACAAAUACUGGACCGUGCGUCUGCCGGCUCAGGUCAAGUUGAUCCUGAGGUCGAGGCGGUAUGCAAGGACGUCGGCUUCACGGGAUAUGGCGGAGGGACAGUGACAACGAACACCUCUCUGAGCGCAUUCUUCCUGGCCAUGGCCAUGAACCCCAAUGUUCAGCGCAAGGCUCAAGCGGAACUUGACGCAGUUGUCGGUCCCCGUCGGCUCCCUGAUUUCGCAGAUCGCGACUCACUCCCGUACAUCAACGCGCUCGUGAAGGAGUUAUAUCGCUGGCAUACUGUGACCCCGUUUGGUGUUCCUCACCUCUCUGUCGCGGAUGACGAGUAUCAAGGCUACUUCAUUCCCUCUGGCUCAACGAUCUUACCCAAUAUUUGGUCUAUGUCACGGGAUCUCACCAAAUAUCCAGACCCAGAGCGUUUCUUGCCGGAGCGUUUUCUUGACACUUCGGGCCAGCUUGACCUUUCUAUCGGCGAUCCAGAGGACUUCAUAUUCGGCUUUGGGCGUAGGGUAUGUGUCGGACGACACUCGGCCGACGACAUGGUCUUCAUGCUAUGUCCCGUGGACGAGCGCGGGAAUCCAGUCAAGAUGGUGCACGGAGACGGCUCGAAUGGGGUGAUAGCCCAUGUCGAGGUUUAUGACUACGUUUUGAAGCCACGAUCGGCCAACAUGGGAAACCUCAUCCGACAGUCGGUGGCACAGCACACGACGGAAUGA